UUUUAUUUUGACAGGCACGGUGAACAUCCGGUAUGGGGCGACGGGAGGAAGGCGGAGCCAGAGAAGAAGAAGGGGAUGUGGCAGGAGGCGGCGCAGGUUAUCAGAAACCAUCACUGGAACGAAGGCUUACUACCGGGUACAUUUGACACCUGCAACCGUUUGGCAAUCUUUGACAUGUUGCGCCAGAGUCAUUAGUGACCGGAGAAGGCUGUCCCCAGACCAGCCGUGACAGGACGGCGGCACACAGGUCAGGUGCGUCAUGGCUGCCCGGCAGCUGAGACCCGCGGCCCCUUCAGGCAGCUCGGCAGAGGUUAAGAGGAUGGAGCGCAGGACCAAUAACAAGAAGAGCUCAUGGGCCUCCUACAUGACCAAUUCUCCAACCAUGAUCGUGAUGAUUGGUUUGCCUGCUAGAGGGAAAACGUACAUGUCCAAGAAGCUGACACGCUACCUCAACUGGAUUGGAGUGCCAACGAAAGUCUUUAAUCUCGGAGUGUAUAGGAGAGAAGCAGUCAAAUCAUACAAGUCCUACGACUUCUUCAGACACGACAACCAAGACGCAAUGAAAAUUAGAAAACAGUGCGCUCUGGUGGCCAUGCAGGAUGUCAAAGCCUACCUGAAUGAGGAGGGAGGCCAGAUUGCUGUUUUUGAUGCCACCAACACCACCAGAGAGAGGAGAGAACUCAUCCUUAACUUUGCAAAGGACAAUGAAUACAAGGUGUUCUUUGUUGAAUCAAUAUGUGAUGAUCCUGAUGUCAUUGCGGAAAACAUCAUGGACGUGAAGGUUUCCAGCCCAGAUUACCCUGAGAGGGACAGAGAAAGCGUCAUGGAGGAUUUUCUGAAGAGAAUAGAAUGUUACAAAGUCACCUACCAACCGUUGGACCCAGACGCACACGACAAGAACACGUCCUUCAUCCAGAUCAUCAAUGUUGGCCGCCGUUUUUUAGUCAACAGGGUCCAGGACUACAUCCAAAGUAAGAUAGUCUACUACCUUAUGAACGUCACUGUCCACUCCCAUUCCAUUUACCUCUGUCGCCACGGGGAGAGCCAACACAAUUUGGAGGGCCGCAUAGGUGGCGACUCGGAGCUGUCAGUGAGAGGAAAGCAGUUUGCUGCAGCGCUGAAGGUUUUUGUGAACGAGCACCAACUGUCAGACCUGAAAGUUUGGACCAGCCAGCUGAGACGCACCAUUCAGACGGCAGAGGAGCUGGGUGUCCCAUACGAGCAGUGGAAGAUACUGAAUGAAAUUGAUGCUGGUGUCUGUGAAGAGAUGACCUAUAAGAUGAUUGAGGAAAAGUAUCCAGAGGAGUUUUCCAUGAGAGACCAGGACAAGUAUCACUACCGCUACCCUGGAGGAGAGUCUUACCAGGACCUGGUUCAGCGUCUGGAGCCGGUUAUCAUGGAGCUGGAGCGACAGGGCAACGUUCUGGUCAUCUGCCAUCAGGCCGUCAUGCGGUGCUUGCUGGCGUAUUUCCUGGACAAGGGCGCAGAUGAUCUGCCCUACAUGAAGUGUCCCCUGCACACUGUCCUCAAACUCACUCCUGUGGCCUACGGCUGUAAAGUGGACAUGUUCGACCUGGAGGUGGAGGCGGUCAGCACACACAGGGACAGGCCAUUGAAUAAGGCCAAAACGGGCAGCAUGCCGCCGCCCUUCCUCCGCAGGAACAGCUUCACUCCACUGUCCAGCCAAGACCAGAUCAAACGGCCUCGCCUGUACAGCGUGGGCAACCCCUCGCAUUGCCGAGUGGCCCAUGCUCCAACUUUACCCACAAUGCCGUUCUCUGAUGAAUUUGAGGGGGUUGAGCUGCAACAAAUUGAGGACCCCCUGAACGGCUUCAGUGGUGAAGACGCAGAGGGCUUUCUGAAGAACUGAACACGUGUUUUCUUUUACCGCACCAAACUAAGUUUUGUUAGUUAUCCCACUCCUUCGCUUUGCUUUUUAAAGCAGGCUUCUCUCCAAGGGGGUGUGUCACCAGUAGAAUACAGCCAUUGAUUUCCUGUGUCCCACACUGUAUAACCCGGAAUAUGUUACCCCAACAUAUGCUCCAGCACAUGUUUGUAUGCAUUUAAAUGAACAAAAUGCUGCUUUUAAUAUUACACCAUAUAUACAAAUCAAAGAUUUGUAGAAAAGUCUCACAUCAUACAAUGUAGAAACAACUUAGGAUAUAGAAUGUGUUGAUUGUGACUUUUAUACCUAGGAUCCAUUUAAUGCCUUCAGUUUUAAUGUGCAAGAGCUGCUGAACGAAUGAAUCCAUGCUCAGCCUUGGGUUUGUGCUCAGAUAUUCACUCUCUACUGUAAACAUUCCCAGUUAAUGUGUAUCCUUCCUCUGGAGAUCUGACAGGGGGAAACAAGUGUCCCAUUCUCUUUCAAAAUGUUAUUUAACCGCAUCAAAUUACUGGGUGGACACCAGCUGUAAAGUUAAAUGAAAUGUUCUGUCUGACCCUUUAAAAAGUGCAGGAGCUACUGUAAUUUUUCUUUAAGAGGAAUGUAUUUUAUCUUCAAAGAACAUUUCUAUUUUUCACUUUGGAGUGAAUGCAAUCCCUACCGAACACAUUGAGACGCCGAUUCAACAGAAGAGCUCAGCUGAACCUGAAAUGUUAAGUUUUAAUCAUCUAUUUUAUUGGAAUGCAAAUGGGUGAGAUUUAGCCAAUUGGCUUUGAUUUUUACAAUAGGAAUAAAUCAGUCCUCUGGAGAAGUGCCCUUAUUCAAUACAGGUCUCUAAACCCAGUAGACAAAGACAGUUCCAGACAGUAUAAGCUAAAUGAUGCUGCCCUUGAAUUGAAGGAUUUGUGAUAUAUUUAAAUGUCUUAAAUAAAUUGUUUAAUGCACACACAUUUCAUUUGAGAAAAUUAAGUUUUACCUUUUCUUUUAUUUCAACAGUAACAAUGUUCUUUUUGACAUGCUAAUCUCUUAUGAUGGCCUUUGUAUGAGUCAACUGAGAUACAAGAAAUUAAAAAUUGCAUUAAUAAAAAAAUAACUAGUGUGUUGAACAACAAAGAAUGUUUUCGUUUUGCUGUUUCAUGUGUUAAAAAAAAGUUUGAAAGUAGAUUUUACUAUAUUUUGUCUGAUCAUAUCCAGGUGAAUUACUCUGAUGUCAUUAGAUUGAACUUCAAGACAACUGUGGUCAUGACAGGUUUGAUUAAAAGUUUAAAUCCUUUUGGGAAGGAAAAUUUGUUCUAAUGUAUCAGAAGAUGGGAGCUUGGGAAUGUAUUAAAUGCUUAAACUAUGCAUUACUUUGUCUGUAAGGGCAGCCUGAUGAUUAUAUCGCCCUUUUAAUUUGCAGAUAAAGAUUUUUUUCUCACUAGGAACUUUGCUAGUUUGCAGUUUGAAUACAUUAUUUUGAAUUUAACGCUUUUCUGAGAUUUUUGUUUACAAUGAUAGUACCUUAACAGUCACUUCUCUAGUUUUUGACAUCUCUAUUCUCAAUUUUUUUGUGUCAGUGCA